AUAUGUGAAGGGUCGAAUGGAGAAGGGGUGCCGCAGCCGUUUGCCGUUUCGACGCAAGGCGUCUUAUUUUUUUCUUCCUUUUCGACUUUCUUUUCUCUUUCCCGCGUGAAGUAUCGCUGUCAAGGAAAAUGGGGAAAGCAGGAAAAGGAACUGGGUCCUUCGGGAAGAGGCAUGGGAAGACCCACUUCCUGUGCAUUCGGUGUGGUCGCCGUGCGUACCACACCCAGAAGAAGACCUGCGGCGCUUGCGGAUACCCCAACGCUAAGAAGAGAACCUACAACUGGAGUGAGAAGGCGAAGCGCCGCCAUACCACCGGCACUGGCAGAUGCCGCCACUUGAAGGACAUGCCUCGUCGCGCGAAGAACAACUUCCGUGAGGGCACCAAGGCAACACCGGUGAAGAAGAGAAAGACACAGCAGAAAUAAAGGAAGCCAGUAACUGAGAGGAGACAAGACUGUUUUCGAGGCUAGGUGCGGUUCGCCGCGGAUUCAGAGAUCAGUGGAAGACUUCGGACUGACGGUGACUUCUCGAAGAAAGGUUCUCGUUGGAUUUCCUGCGUUUCUGCAGUCUCUGUAGCGGAGAAGAGAGGGAAGCUGCAGAGUCCUCUCAAGAAAGGGCAGCGUUUCGUCUCUGCUUCGAGUGUACCUCCACCUCGCACGUUGACUCAACAGUCGCAGUUGUCACUCUAAAGUCUCGCACCCUUUUCCAGUCUUCGUUUGUUGCUCGUAACCUCUACCUCUCCGGUGUCUCCUCGCUUUUCCGAGAGGACGCCGAGAAACGUCUCAAACUCUCAAUCUGUACCGUGAAAAACCGUCGGCUGUCACCGUCGGGACGCCUGCCGUACCUCCCAAGUAAACCGAACAAAGCAAAGGGCAACCUACCUGUAGAUCCCUGUACUCUGCUCGGAACACUGUGGUUAGCGGUGCAGGCAACUGACAAAUUGAAGGUCUUGCACCUGUAGGAAGAGUUGCGCGACCUUGGGGUUGCGAACCAAGGUUUCGCGGAACAGAGUGCCAGAUUUGGGAGAUUUGACGAAUUUGAAUAUUUCGUAUCGUGGUGCUGGUAGUCUUCUCCUCCCUCAUAUGUUAGUCUACGCGGCACUGUUAGGACUACCUAUAUGGACGAUGGUCGAUUCGGUAAUGGCUAAUCUAUACCCAGUGGUAUACAACAUUUCACUCUUUUGUUGCUUUACCAGUGCUAUCGUGGGGCCCUUUAGUCAGGAUAGGUAUAGCUCUCUUGCUUUUUCUUGCCAGUCUUAUGGAGGGAAAAAGCAGUCUGUUCCCUGUCCCUGGCUCUCGCGCGAUUCAGAAGAACCCGCCGCAGACUCCCGCUUCUGUAGUUAAAAAACAAUGCUCGAGGAAUUUCCGAUCGAGGGGGAGGGGGCCAGUGAAAUAAAGAGCGACCGAGAGUUCUGUGAAUGGUUGCUUCUUCGAAGUUGGGAAAAAGUUCAGAAGGAUGCGUUUCAAAAUCCUACACCAUUAACGUUGGUCCACAUCGGUUGUGUGUAUCUCGGCGUGGUGGGUUGAUUCCAAACUCGGAGGCUCUUGAUUGUGGGUCGCCAGGAGGACCUCUGGAAGUUUAUUUUUCUAGGCAUAUUGGAUGUUUCGUCCAAAGUGAAGAAGUAGAACAAACUUGAGAUGUUACAGCAAUCUGAAGUUGCGUUUUUACUUGGAUUGCAUAGCACUUUAUUAGAAAAAUCUGGUACCUAUUAAAAGAGGUGGAUCGGUAAUUCACGCGCAGGCCAAACUUUGGACAUGACUUUCCUCACAGUCAAGUCCACUCGACACAGAGACGGUUUAGUGUUUCUGCAUCUCUGAUUCCUCCUGAAA